CGUGACGGAGUUGUAGUCACGCAGUAACGCCGCUGCUGUUUCAGCGUCACUAUCUGUCGGGGUCGGAGGCAGACAGAGCUCGGGUACCGUUAACAACGGGCAGCGGCGGUACAAAGUCCUUUUCCCUCCGGUUUAACGGAACAAAGCCGGGAUACAAGAGGACGGGAAUCAUGGGAAAUAUUCCAGGACGGUGCGGGUACAGCAGCCACGGAGAAUACCGCUCAUUUAAUGACGUAAAUCAGGGAAUAUAACCGCUAACGGCAAAAACCACAGAACACGUCGGGCCACUGUUUCUCCAUCUCCACCAUUUUGGUUGUCAGUGAUGGAGCACAUCCGGACGCCCAAGGUGGAAAAUGUGCGCCUCCUGGACUGGUCAUCAGGACAGAGAAAGGCCAGCAUUGGGACUCUCUACCUGUCUGCCACACACACCAUCUUCGUAGAGAACAAUCCUGAGACGCGCAAGGAGACAUGGGUGUUGCACAGUAUGGUGAGCAGUGUGGAGAGGCCACCCACCAUCCCCGCAGGAAGUCAGCUGAUCCUGCGCUGUAAGGACUUUCGGGUCUUCCAGAUCCUCAUUCCGCAGGAGAGAGAUUGUCUAGACGUCCACACGUCGUUGGUCAGAUUAUCACGACCAGAGAAGUACAGUGAGCUGUACUGCCUGUCCUUCAACCCCAAUGUGAACAAAGUUGAGAGAGAAGAGUCCUGGAAUUUCAUAGACCUCAUGGCCGACUACAAGAGGAUGGGAGUCCCUAAUAACUUGUGGGUCGCUACAGCAGCCAACAGCGAAUACAGGGUGUGUGACACGUACCCAUCAGAGCUCUUUGUUCCAAAGUCAGCCACACCCGCCAUCAUCGUGGGCAGCUCAAGGUUUAGGAGUCGAGGACGAUUUCCUGCUCUGUCCUACUUCCACCAGGACACACUGGCAGCAGUGUGUCGGUGUAGUCAGCCGCUGUCCGGCUUCAGCGGACGCUGUCAAGAGGAUGAGAUGAUGCUCCAAUCUGUGAUGAAGUCCAACCCUGGCAGCGACUACAUCUAUGUGGUGGACACAAGGCCUAAGCUGAACGCCAUGGCAAAUCGAGCAGCAGGUAAAGGCUACGAGAACGAGGACCACUACACCAACAUCAAGCUGCAGUUCAUUGGCAUCGAAAACAUUCACGUUAUGAGGAGCAGCCAGCAGAAAAUCAUCGACGUUGGCGAGAUGAGAGCUCCGUCCAUGACUGACUUCCUGUACGGUCUGGAGAACUCGGGUUGGCUCAAACAUAUUAAAGCCAUACUGGAUGCUGGGCUCUUCAUAGCCAGGGCAGUUGCUGAUGAGGGUGUCAGUGUGUUGGUUCACUGUUCAGAUGGCUGGGACAGGACGGCCCAGGCCUGCUCUGUAGCCAGUAUACUGUUGGACCCGCACUACAGAACCAUUAAAGGACUCAUGAUGCUGAUAGAGAGAGACUGGGUUUCCUUCGGGCACAAGUUCUCCCACAGGUACGCCCACCUGGAUGGAGAUCCCAAGGAGGUGUCUCCUGUCAUUGAUCAGUUUCUGGAGUGUGUGUGGCAGCUGUCCGAGCAGUUCCCAUGUGCCUUUGAGUUCAACGAGCGCUUCCUCAUCGCCAUUCACACGCACAUCUACUCCUGUCAGUACGGGACCUUCCUGGGCAACUGCCAGAAGGAAAGAAGGGAUAUGAGGCUUCAUGAGCGGAGUCAUUCUGUGUGGCCUCAGCUGUGGAAGGACAGAGCCGAGUACGCCAACCCUCUGUACAAGGCUGAGCUGAGCCAGAGUCAGGGCAUCCUGAGACCCAACACCACCCCCUUCUGCUUCAAGAUGUGGAAGGGUCUCUAUAACCACGUGGAGAAAUCAACGCCGCCUCGCCAGUCGCCUGCUGACUUCCUGUCUGCUGUGAGGGAGGAGUCCCAGCAGCUGGAGGAGGAGCUGACCAAUCACCAGGAGAGGAUAACAGCUCUGACAGGGAAGCCAAUCACGUGGGAGAAGGUCACUGUUCCGAGGAGGAGGACUAGCCAGCUGCGGCAGAAACACUGCGGGCCCGACCCACCCACCACCUACACAGACCCAAUCACCAGCCCUGCACAGGACAACGGCCACGCCCUCUCCUUUGAACCAGCCAACCGGAAGACUCAGACCAAGGACCCUGAUCUCACCCUGCCUCUACGAGUACACGCACAGCUCAAGAGUCACAACCCUGAUGACCUCUCCACCUGCAGCGACCUGGAGUCAGGCGUGGCUGACCUCAGCAGCCGCUCGUCCAGCGGUGGGGACGACGGCAAGGACCCGGACUCGGACGAGGCUGUCUUCACUACUGCCUGACUUGAAAAAAGGGAACCCUGAAAAAAAGGAAUGACUGCUGUUACAGUAGAUCCCCCAAAAAUAUUUAUUCAAACACCUGGAGGGGAGCGGAGGCAGACUGCGAUGAGGUAAAGAUGGCUACUGACUGAAAGGCAGUUGGAUUUUAUCUCUCGUUUCAAACUGUAGAUUGUCUCAUUCCUUUCAGUCUAAAUGAGUCACAGUGAAUUAAGAAGAAACCUCGCCGGCUGUUCUUCAGUUCACCUUGUUGAUGAAGGCACUGAAAGACAUUUAAUUUAACUUUUUUUAAAUUUAAUUUUGUUGUUGAAGAAGGCCUGUUUUUUAUACGUGGAUGGACUCGUUGCUGUCAUUUGUACCUUGUUUAAGGAAUGCACUAUUAGUACUGUGAGAGGGAUCAACGUUACAUGAAAUCAGCCUGAAAUAAUGUACGACAGGCUCGAUGAGGGGAGAGUGACAGCCCGAUGGAAACACUUUCAGAGAGUAGAACAAACACACUCACUACACAAAGCUUAACUCGUAUAUUUAUCUCUUCUUCUCAUCACCAAACGCAUCCGCUCUUUAAGCAAAUCUAAAAAUCAUUUGCAGUUUACCAAAUGAUUCAUUUACAGUCUUCCCUCUUCUUAAGUGUAAAAUAAUAUUCAUCAUGAUAGUAAUCAUAAAAGUAUUUCCUUUCAGGGCAGUUAGUUAGACAUUUUAUCUUUAGACGCACUGGAAGAAGCAGAUGUGUGUGCAGUAAAAUACAGUAAUGAUGUGAUCAGAAGCUGAUUCAAAGGCACAUCAAUUUUACUUAUAUUAGUUCAUGUAGAGGAAAGCAGAUUGUUUCCAGUGAGUAUUAGGGUUUUCAUACGUGGACCAUGUUUAGCCUCACCCUGAAUCAGCCCUCCAUCGUCCCAUUUGAAGCUUUAUUUCUGAGUGUAAGAAUGGAAAUCAAGCUGGAAAGUUGCCGCUUGGGAAAAUAUAAAAUAUUCAACUGUGUAGUCUUAACACUGGGAGGCCUGUCAGUUUCUUCCCUGACCUGAAUUUGAAGGGAAACCUUGUCUUCGGUAGCACUCAAGUCUUAAAUGAUUUCUUAUCCGAAAGCAUAUUGCUCCAGAAAACAAAAAUCUGCCACUAGGGGUCAGUAUUUAGAAACCAGAGAGUUCAAAGCUAUGAUGCUUUAGAUGGAAUAAUGUGAAUCCUCCAAAUGCUCUUUUUAAAAAUAUAAGUUUGCUCUUACAGCCGUGAUGGACAUAAAGGAAGAGAAUAUGUCACAGGAAGUCUGGAGAUCUCUGGAGCCAGUUUGAACCACUGGUCAUCGGAUUCAACAAGAACAAAAUGUGAACAAAAGUAUGAAUGUUUAUUUAAAACCAUAUAUUUUUUAUGUUUGAGUGUACUGUCAACAUCCUAUAUCCACACUGAUGUGAUGAUAUUUAUUCUUGGACCAACUGAAUCCUUCCGAUGAUGACGUGGACAUCAUGAGAUCAGUGAAGUUUGUCGGAUGCUGCUUCGACUCUCAUAUAGACUGUGUUUGACUGAUGUGUGCUCUCAGAACUUAAGAAGUUAUAGUUUGUGUCCUUUCAGGUGAGCUGUAACUUUUUACAUUCCCGUUUAGAAUAAUGACAAACAACAAGAACUCUGUGGGAAAAUGUCCAGAGAGAUUGUUUCAUGGUCUGUGCACUGUCCAGAGGGAUCUCUCUGUGAUUUCCGUAUUUUAACAAGCAUAUACAAUGUCUGGUCGUAUGGUAUCUAAGAACUGACCUACUGAAACACAUUGUCAUGUUAGUGUAACGCUGACAGUGAAAACCUGCUGUGGCUCCAGGUAAACAUGACUGGCUCCAUGUUCAUCUUUAAUGUGGGUGGAAAGACUGUAACAGACACAUGCUCAAUGAGUAACACAUCUCAAAGCUGCUAACAGCUGGUGUGUUUCACUGAGGACCACCUGUAAGACUGAAUGUGUUAGCACAGAUAUUGUCACGUAGCCCACAGAUUUUAAGAACAAUUGGCCUAAUGCAGCAACAAUCUCUUAAAUUGCUCAUAUAUUUUUUCCUAAUUUUCUAAGAAACAAUAAGAUAAGUCAACUCCAAAUCUGCUAUUACCCAGGUGUGCUGAUUAAUGAAUCCCACUUGAUCAUAAAUCAGAGGUGCAUGGCCCAUUUUUUGUUAUUAACAUAGGUUACACCCCCGAAACACUACAUAAGGACAGGUGUUCUGCUGACCAAUGUCUUCUAACUGGAGUGAUGCCACCAAGAAAAGGGUACCAAGAAGAGGAACUUCUGCAGUUGUGGAUUUGAUGCACUGUUAGAUAAACUUUGACGAAGUAAAUGUGAAUGUGUUAAGUCAAAAACCUAGCACCAUGGCAGAACAUUUGUGAUGCUGUGAAUGCUGUCAGCAGAGGGCCAAAGCAUCUGAGAGCAGUACGUAAUCCAUUCAGAAGAUGAACACGUAAUGUCGUCCAAGGGUUUUAUAGUGUAUAUUGGGACCAAUGGACCAAUAGUACUUAUUUAGCCCACAAAUAAAUACAAUCAUAAAUACUCUAAAACAUAUAAUAAUCUAAAUCUGAUUAUACGAUAUUCAUGCAUUCUUUUGAAGUUCCUCAAAUUUAAAAUGUUAUUCACUUAUGUUAGACAAUUUGUGGACUGUGAAAACAAGAUGUUUUUUCCCCAACCCCUUGUAAAAUUGUCUCUUACCCAAGAACGACUGUUGAGACGACUAUAAAGAUGAAAUCUGAUCGAAUGUUGCUGCAUCAGGUCAGCGUCUUGAAAAUCAUGUUUACACUUGACACUCAGCCAAAUCAAGACAAAAAGGAUUGUUGGUAUACUUUCAAAAUGUUUUAAAUCUGUUUGGCUCAUGCAGCUGCACUAAGUUGGACUAAAACUGAAUUUCAUUGGCCCUGGUGGGUGCACCAACAUGCAGUAAUGUGACGACACUGACUCAAUCUAAUGAGCUAUAAGAUCCCCUCUCCCUCUCAACUUGAACAUUUCACUGUAGCCUGUGGUGUGUAUGUAUGUGUGUGUGUUCUGUAUCCAUUGAUGUAAAUGAUUUAUCAAUAAAUGCACUGUUAAAGGGAAAGAAACACAA